CACUGAUAGGUGGCACUGAUUGGCACUGAUGGGUGACAUUGAAAGGCAGCUCAGAUGGGCACUGAUAUGUGGCAUUGAUGUGCACUGGUAUGCGCUGAUAUGUGGCAUUGAUGUGGCAUUGAUGGACACUGGCACGUGGCACUGAUGAGCACUGACUGCUGGCACUGAUGGACACUGACAGGUGCCACUUCUGGGGCCACACUGAUCAUCAGGGCACACUGAUUAUCAGUGCCCUGAUGAUCACUGUCAGCGUGACAGCUCAAGAGGAGAGAAAUGCCGAUAACCGGCAUUUCCGUGUUUACAUGUGAACAGCUGUGAUUGG